AUGGCUUUCAAAGUUCGUAAUAUGGCACUAACAAGUAAGUGCCAAUAUAUUGGUAAGUCCAAACUUGUCCUUAUGAGAUACAGAACCAGCUUAUCAUACGAAUUCCAUAAUUCAAAUAUCCAUAUACAAAUUACACUGCUUUUGCUAGUCUUUUAUGCUAACUGAUGCUCAUAAAAAUGAGCUAGAAUUCAAAGAUUCAUAUACCCUGUGCUUGUAUCACUUUGGUCUAAAAAAGUUUGCUCACUAUUUAAACGCCAAUGUUAUUGGCAGGAAAUAUGUUCUGGUUAUUGUUAAAGUUAUCACCUAGCCAAAUGCUAAUGUGUUGGUAUUUAGGCUGUAAUUGCUCUGCUAAUCUCUAAUUGAAACUAGAUAUGUUUGCUAUGAACUUUCUGAAUUUCCAUUUCUAUUUAUUCGAGGAUGUAUUGAAUGCUCCUAAGUGACAUUUUAAUAUUAUUAAAGAUGGUAAUGAGUGACUUUUGUCUGUUCACUAGAUGUUCUAGUGUAGAAUUCACAUUCUGUUCCUGACUGUGGAAAAGGACCCGACGUAUUUUUUGCUGUUCGGCUAAUGACAAUAAUACUUGGGAUUCUGAAUUAAAUUACGUCAGUUAUGAUAAAAUAGGUUAUAAAAGUAUAAUGUGUACCAGUUGCAAAUCCAUUUACUUAUGGGGAUACCUUUGAUGUUUAUUUAGAUAAGGAGUAACAUGUAUCGUGAAAUGUCACGGUUUUGUAUUAUAAAGUAAUUAGUGUGUGGCAGGCACUCCAGAGCAAAUUGGUGCAAGAGCUACAAGGUGAGGUCUCUGUUCAUAAUAAGCAAAUAAAAAAUAAAUGUGCUCAGUACUCAGCAAUAAAUGUAGGUGUUUUAUUCAGCUAUCACUUUGAUUGCUGAGGACAUUUAUUUUUUGUUUGCUAAUUACUGUUGUAUUAUAUUCAGAUCUUGUUUAAGAGUAAAUAAUGUAUAUAAUUUUUCUUAUGAUGGUCAGUAGAUAAUAAUGGGUAUUGUGAAUAUAUAUAUUUGAUUUCUGAGCAUCAAACUAUCUUAAUAAUAUAAAAAAGGCAUGCUAAAGAAAGGCCCAAACAAAUAGAAAAAUGGUUAUAUUUAUUGAAUAGACAUAUUUUAUGUUCAUAAGAAACAACCCCACACUCAGGUUCCGCAAUGUAAUCUGACCAUCCACCUAGGAGGUGCUCUGUGAAGAUGACAGACACCGCCAUCUGCUCUAAUCUGACAAAUGGUAUAAAAAUGGUAUAAAAAGGUGCAAUGCAACAUUUUGACUCUAUGGAGCCUUAAUCAUGCUGAUAAUUAUGCAUGAUUAAGGCUCUAUAGAAUCAAAACGUUGCAUUGCACAUUUUUGUGUGGAGACUUACCCUUCAAUAAAUUCACAAUCCAAAGCCUUGGAGUGUGGCCUGUGUUUUAUACUAUUUGCCAUAUUGUUGGUUCAUGUCAAUUUCUAUCUGCUUUCUCUGUGGCUGUACAGAACACCUAAUGUUGUAUAUGAAUAUACUGUAUGUGAAUAUAUAUGUGUUAUUGUAUAAAGCCUGAACAGUGCCUUGGCCAUGCAAGGUAGGCCUGAAGGGGGCAUUUAAAAAAAAAAAACUAUAACAAUAUCAUUAAGCUUCUAAAAUAUAAUGUUGACAUUAUGUGUCAGCAUUGAAAAGUCUUCUAUGCCAUAGCUAGCGAAACAGGUCUGCUUAGCUCUAUAUAGUUGCCAAGGAGAAGUCAAGACACCUCAGAGCAGAGUAGGUACUAGUGACAUUGUACUGCUCAUUUUCCUCCUCUCUCCCCUCAUUAUUCCCCUGCCUCUAUAUACUGCUGUUUUUCUCCCUCCCUUCAUUUUCCACCUGCUUCUUUAUCUAUCUCCCAUCUCGCUCAUUCUCCCCACUCCCUCACCCAUUUUCCACCCAUUCUAUUCAUUAUCCCCCCCUCUACUCACUCUUUUUCCCCCUCCAUGUAUCUCCCCCCCCCCCUUUGCUCAUUUCUCCGUAUAAACCCCUCUUACUCCACUAAUGGUUUCCCAUCCCCUCUUCAUACCUCUCCCCUACUAACUUUACCAUAAAUGCUGUUUUGCUCUGCUCUUAUGCCCAUCACUGAGUCCUCUCUUUCACAUCCUCUGACAUGAACACCUGUGAAUUCUGUUUGGUCUCCCAUACCACAGCUAGCAAGGGUCAGGCUUGCUUAGUUUCUUAUAGCUGCCAAAGGCAAACCUGCUACAUAAGUGAUUCUCAAGGUUAAAAAUAUACUUCUUGUACUUGAAACAAGUGGUGUUUUCAUGAAAUAUAACAAUAUUAUUGAGCUUCUAAAAGCAAAUGUUGACAUUAUGUGUCAGCAUUGAUAAGUAUCCCAUACCACAACUAGCCAGCCUGCCACAUAAAUGAUGCUCAAUGUUAAAAGUAUACUUCUUGUACUUGAAUCAAGUGGUGUUUAUAAAUGAUAACUGUAGCGGAUCUCCAUUACUCCUGCUGACUACCUCUGCUAAGAAUCUUUCCCUGAUUCCGCAGUAUUAGGGAAUUAUUGCCCUCACCCAAACAUCAGCAAAGACUUGAUGAAGGGUGAAAAUAGUGAACACUUUAUUGAGUGACACACAGGUUUUUUUAUACACAGUCCCUCAAAAACAUAGGUCAGCCCACCAAGGCGUUUGAGUCUUGGAGAGGAUUGCAACACACACUGCUUAAUUCAGUUAUAUCCCCUACACACAGGUGUCUGGCACAAAUAUUCCCCCAAAACAUAUUUAAACAUAAAGAAUCCCCACACAUAUGGUAUUCCCACAUUGCCCCUUCCCGUGCACACAAUCUGUGAAAAUAGAAAUCUGAUGCAAGGCCUGUAGCGGAAAAGCCACUCCUUUAAAGUUUUGACCAGCCGCGGCUAUGAUGCAAACCGAAAACAGUUCGACAUUGCCGGGAUGGAAAUAGCGCUAGAUCCCCUUUAGCCUUAGUGGACAUGCUGUUCCGGGUGGGUCAUGGUCAGAGUGCUCUCGCUGGGGGUGCGUGCCAAAGGUUCAGAGAAGCCAUUUUAGGUGAAUAUAGGUCUACUUUUUUUUAUUUAUACAUUUUUAUUUGUGAAAAAAGCAAGUUAUACUAAAUUUCUUUUACUUAUUUAAUUAUAUACAUAAAUUUUUCCCCCCCAAUUUUAACAGUUUGGUGGUAAAUCAUAUAAGAAAUAGUGUUAAAUUCAUUGCUAACAAUAUAAUAUAAGACAAUACAUAUUGUCCUAUCAAGUUCACAUUCAUACUCUAAUGUCCAGGGUAGUAGGAAGUUAAAAUUGAUUCGUUAUUUAUAUUUAUAUUUAUAUUUGAAAGUUAGAGGUAGAUCAUAGUCUGAAGUUGUAAAUGUGAAAAUUAAGUUGACAGAAAACUUGUCCAAGGUUCCCAAUAUUUUUCAAAUUUUUCCACUGUAUCAUUUAUUAUGAAAAAAACUGCGUUCCAUUUUAUAUUGGUAUGGAAUUUGAUCUCUUAUUUCUGACCAAUUUAAAUUUGUUGUUUUCUAUUUGCGUGCUGAUACUAUUUUAGUUGCAAAUAGAAUAUGUGUUACUAAAAUAUUCUUGUGCCUUGUAACAUUGUGUGAAAUCUAUAUUCCCUGUAAACAUAUGUGGGGUAAACUUGUUGUUAUUAAGUAUUUUUUUUACAAUUGUUUUAAUUUUACACGUAAUAUUUGCUAAUUCAAUGCAUUCCCACCAUAUGUUAGCUAAAGUACCUUACUCUAGGUGGCAUCUCCAACAUCUAUCAAGAUGUGUUGGAGUAAAAUACCACCAAUAUAUUAAUUUAUAAUGCAGUUCAAUCAGAGAGAUACAGUGGAUCGUAUGUGAAACUUGAGAAAAGCCUUAUAACCAAGCCUCAAUGGGAAAAACCACAUGUAAAUCAGUUACCAUUUAGUAAUUGUAGUAUAGGUUUGAUUUUUUUUUUUUCUUUUCCUGGUGUCAGGUAGUUCGGAUUCAGAAGGGUUAAUAUUUUGGAUAGGAUUUUUUUUUUUUUAUGAUGAUAAGAGAAGGAAAACAAGUCGUUCAUCCAAUGAAAGGAAACAUAUUCCUUAUGCAACAAAUUGUUUUUAAUUCUUAAGUAUGGAAAUAUCUCUUUAUUGGAGAGUGGAUAUAUGUGUUGGAGUAAACCAAAAGACAUUAGUUCUCCACCUUUUAGGAUAUCCAAAAUUUUUUGGAUCCCUGAAAUUUUCCAUGUUUGUAAAUUUAAAUCUGUUAUAUCAUAAGAGAGUAUUUCGAUAGGGGCUUCAUAAGAUAUUUCAUUUUUCAAUAAAAGUUUUUUCUGUAAUUUAAUCAGAGUAAUAAUCAUGUUGUUUAUUAGUGGGUUUAAUAUAGGCUUAUUUUUUACUGUCAAAUUUGACCAAAAAAUCUUGUAUAUUUCCCGUAAGUUCAUAUCUUUUUUUCAAAAUAAUACCAAUCUGACUCUUGUUUUCAGAUUCAAACUGAGAUUGAAGUGACUUAACAUUAAUGCUUCAUGUAGGUGUAAUAAAUUGGGAAAUUCCACUCCUCCUUCUUUUUUAGUUCUAGUUAAGAUAUUAUUGGCUAUUAGUGAUGUCCUGAACGGUUCGCCGCGGAUGGCGAACAUAAACAUAAACUUUGACCCUGUACCUCACAGUCAGCAGACACAUUCCAGCCAAUCAGCAGCAGACCCUCCCUCCCAGACCCUCCCACCUCCUGGACAGCAUCCAUUUUACAGAACCCCCUAAGAUAGAACACAUUGAGAUGACGACACAUACAAUGACCCCCAAGACUAACAAUAACCUUAACAUAAUUGGCUACAUUUACCUCACAAGACUGCCUCUGAGCGUCACAGCACAGUUUAUAGCAAAACCCCAACACACAAGGUGGACCUAUACCCUUCCACAAAGAGAGGACUCACUCAGCCCUUAGUGAGUCUGUAGCUGAUAAAGUACAUGGUGAUUUAAUGAAAGACAUGAAUGAUUGCCAAAGAAACAAACUUAUAUAUGACAGUAUGCACUUGUCCCCCACGAUACUAGAUAUACAGCCUAGGGACCCUUAGGGGUCCACGCUAGCACCCAUGUACAGGGGACUAGAAAGCCCCUGUCCACACUCACUCAUAACUGUAUGGACAUAAAUAUACACUCUGUGAUUGCUCGACAUAUAACUCCAGGAAAGUUUACAACAUUUUUUAAAAUAAAUAAAUAAAUAAAAAAUAAAACAAAAAGGAGCAAUACAUAAACGGAAACGUAUUGUUUCCCUACUCUGUUUUGUGACCCUGAAAACACCUUCAGUUAAAAUGCAAAGUUUGGAAUUACCUAAGUACAUGUACAUGAUGCAUCUGAAUAUCUCAAUUACAAGUGUAAUAUUCUAGAGGCCUGUGUGCCCUCAACUGUAUUUCAUUUUGUCUUUCUCAUGCCUCAAUACAAUAAAAACAAGAUUUAUUAAAAUAUAUAUAUAUAAUUGUUAACAAAUUUAGAUCAUAUGUGUGUGUGUAAUAUAGUUCUAUUAUAAAUAUGUAAGUAGUUAUGUGCUUAAUUUUAUAUUAACACUUUAAUACAUUUAUGUGUCAAAGUGUAUAUUUGUAUAACUUCUAAAUAAAAUUUAGGAAUUCAUAGAGCUUGUGUUUACAAAUGGCGAGUUAUUAUUAUUAUGUUAUUUAUAUAGCAUCAUUAAAUUCUGCAGCGCUUUACAAUGGGUGGACGAACAGACAUGUAGUUGUAACCAGACAAGUUGGACACACGGGAACAGAGGGGUUGAGGGCCCUGCUCAAUGAGCUUACAUGCUAGAGGGAGUGGGGUAAAAUGACACAAAAAGGUAAGGAUAGUAUUAGAUUAGUGACAAUUGUAGAAGAUGAAUCAGUCAGGAGCUUUUAACAGUUUAAUUGAUACGCUUUUAUGAAGAAGUGGGUUUUUAAUGAUUUUUUAAAGGAGUGGCGACUGGGUGAGCCUCUAACGGAGGAGGGAAGCAAGUUCCACAGGAACGGUGCAGCCCUCGAGAAAUCUUGAAGGCGAGCAUCAGAAGUGGGAGUACGGACAGAAGAUAGACGUAAGUCUUCAGCAGAUCGUAAGGGCCUAGACGGGACAUACUUGUGUAUAAGGGAGGAUAGAUAGGUGGGAGCAGUAUUAUGUAGCAAUUUGAAAGCAAGAACCAGAAUUUUAAAUUGAGCUCUAUAUUUUAUAGGAAGCCAAUGUAGGGACUGACAAAAAGGUGAGGCACAGGAGGUGCGGGCGGACAGGAAGAUGAGCGUCGCUGCCGCAUUCAUUAUGGACUGUAACGGCGCAAGUUGGGAGCACGUAAGACCACUGUGACGGAACGCUGGCACUCCGACUGAGUACCUCCGUCAAUCGAUGUGCCUAGUGCUCGCUGAGGACUCCAAGCACUCCAAUAGACACCAUCAGCACUGCAGACCCCACUUCCAGCGAUACAGCUGCGCCGGGGUCUCGCCGUCUCCACCCACCCUGGAUCCACGAUCAGGAUCCAGCUCCCAGUGGCCGAACCUCUCCUAAAUCUAGAGAGCUUAGCAGGAACAAAUCAAGCUAUUGCAAGAGUUUACUCUGGGGAGUAAGUGAUUAUAGCAAUCCCCAGAGUGUAGUUUUCCAAUCCCCCAAACAUGAGCCAAGGCUUAAUGCUGGAACAAGACUUUACUGGAAGUAACAACAACAGAUAUUCAAGCUACAGUUUCUUUUAUGCCCUGCUCCCAUGCAGGGGAGGGACACACACGUUAUCUACAGUAGCCAAUAAAACAGAGGUUACAGCCCACACAAAAUCCUCCCCUCUGCCUGUGAUUCAAUUAUCUUAUACAAUAGAAGAUGCAAUUAUCACAGGCAGGAAGAAUACCGUUUUUACAGCAUAUUCAUAACUUCUAAAAUAUACAUCACAUUCACAUAAAAAUUAUAUAUUCACAAUCAAUCCAUUCAGGGAAACAACAUAUCAAAAAAAGCCAUGUUUUUGAGAUGGAAGCGGCAGGAUUUGGCGAUAGAUUGUACGUGAGGCUUGAAGGAGAGGUCGGAGUCAAAGAGAACACCUAGGCAGCCAGCCUGCGUGGUGGAGCUGAUGGUAACACAGUUGACUUGCAGGAAGACAGACACAGGAGUAACAACACUUGAGGGAGGAAAGACAAGAAUUUCAGUUUUGGUCAAGUUUAGUUUAAGGAAGUGGGCAGCCAUGCGGUUAGAAAUAGCAGAGAGGCAGUCAGAGACACUAGUCAAGACAGGUAGAUUUGCGUGUCAUCUGCAUAGAAAUGAUAUUGGAAGCCAAAGGAGCUAAUGAGUUUACCAAGGGAGGCAGUAUAGAUGGAGAACAGUAGGGGACCAAGGACUGAACCUUGGAGGACACCAACAGAGAGGAGUUGGGGAGAAGAAGCAAAGCCAGAGAAAGAAACACUGAAAGAGCGCUGGGAGAGGUAGGAGGAGCACCAGGAGAGAGCAAUAUCUUGUAGACCGAUAUUGCGGAGGAUGAGAAGAAGCUAUUGAUGAUCAACAGUGUCAAAAUUGAGUUAGCAGAUCUUUACAUUAAAUUCUAUAAUUUGUCUAUAGCAAAUAAACUUAAUCAUUCCAAAGACAAGGCUCGUGAUAUUAAGGAAUGCCAGGAGAAGAUUAAUAAUAUAACUAGGAUUAAAAUAGAAAAUAAACUAAAGAAACUUAACACUAGACAUUAUUAUAAGGGAAAUAGAGCAGAUUCAAUUUUAAUGAACAAAUUAAAGAAUCGAGAAAUAGAUCGCAAGAUCUUCAAAUUAAGAGAGGGUGAUAAUAUUUCUAAACUGGAGGAUAUAGCAAAUAGAUUUAGAUCUUUCUAUGAGAAACUAUACAAUCUGAAUUACAUACCAAAGAGAGGUCUAAAAAAUUCCAACUUAAAAAAAUCUCAGCCUCACAAAGGGUUUAUUUAAAUAGAAUUAUCAUGGUCAAAGAAGUAGAUUUUGUAAUAAGUAGACUGGAAAGUAGUAAAGCCCCAAACCCGGAUGGAUAUUCAAAUUUAUUUUAUAAAGUUUUCAAAAAAGAGUUAAUACCAUUAUUAGUAGAUACUUUUAAUGAAUUAUCAAAUAAGGGUCAUGUCUCUUUUGUUACGGGCCCACAUUACCCCUAUCCUGAAGCAAGAUAAGUUACCUACUGAGAUAAAUAAUUUUGCCCUAUUUCCCUGAUUAAUGUGGAUAUCAAAUUAUAUGCGGCAGUUCUGGCCAAAAGGUUAAAAAUAAUUCUACCGUCAUUGAUUCAUUCAGAUCAGAUAGGAUUUAUGAUGGGCAGGCAAUCCUGUAAUAACUCCCGCAGAGUCUUGGAUGUUUUGGAUUGGGCUAGGACCGGGGGGUUCCCCUCCUGACCCUGGCGGUAGACGUGGAGAAGGCCUUCGACAUGGUCGGAUGGGAGUUCCUUUGGUCCACCCUGGAACAAUUUGGAUUGAAUGGUUGGUUUCUUGAUGCUGUGGGUGCAAUUUACUCCAAUCCUAUGGCGAGAAUAGUGGGCCGAGAUUUAUGCUCUGAAUGGUUUACUAUCUCCAAUGGAACCCGACAGGGUUGUCCUCUCUCACCGUUAUUAUAUGUGUUAUAAGUUGAACCAUUAGCUAAUAAUAUCAGGAGCAACAAGUCGAUUAAGGGAAUGGGGAUACAAGAGAAUGAUGGGAAAAUCUGUCUAUAUGCGGAAGAUGCGGAAGUUUGAAAAAUAUAGUUCAGUUUCUAAUUAUAAAUUGAAUAUGAGUAAAACAACUGCUAUGGUAUUAAAUAUCCAAAGUAAUAUAUUAUCUUCUUUGAAAAAAGAAUAUGAUUUUAUCUGGACUAAUAAGGAACUCACCAAUUUGGGCCUGGUAAUUACAACUGACCCAUCACCCACUAUGGAGACCAAUUUUUUAAAAUUAUUAAAGGAGACUAACUCAUUAUUGAAAGUUUGGAGAGCUCACAAAAUAUCCUGGUGGGGUAGGAUUAAUACAAUCAAAUCUUUCAUAAUUCUGAAAUUUACAUAUUUAUUCUGUAUGCUUCCACUUUCAAUCCCUAUACAGGGCCGGACUGGCCCACCGGGAUACCGGGAAAUUUCCCAGUGGGCCGUCAGCACCAGGGCCCGGGCAGGCAGCUGGCUCACCUGCGGCCGCAGAGGGAGCUCUUUAGGCGGCCGCAGGGGGAGCUGGCUGUUCUGGCUCUGCUUCCCCUCCCCAGCGCACUACAAAGAGACCGAGGCCGGAAUAUGACGUCAUAUUCCGGCCCUGGUCUCAUUAAGCGGCGCGCUGGGGAGGGGGAGCAGAGACAGAACAGCCAGCUCCCCCUGCGGCCACCAGAACAGCCAGUUCCCUCUGCGGCCGCCUAAAGAGCUCCCUCUGCGGCCACCAAAGGAGCUUCCCCACAGGUAGAAAUUGUGUGUCAGUAUGAGUGUAUGUGUGUGUGUGUCUGUGUGUGUCUCUGUCUGUGUCAUGGUGUGUGUGUGUGUCUCUGUCUGUGUCAUGGUGUGUGUGUCUCUGUGUCAUGGUGUGUGUGUCUGUGUCAUGGGGUGUGCGUCUGUCUGUCAUGCAAUGUGUGUCUGUGUCAUGGUGUGUGUGUGUCACGUAAUGUGUGUCUGUAUGUGUCACGGUCUGUCUGUGUCAUGCAAUGUGUUUGUGUCAUGGUGUGUGUGUCAUGUAAUGUGUAUAUGUGUCAUGGUGUGUGUGUGUUUGUCAUGGUGUGUGUGUGUUUGUUAUGGUGUGUGUGUCUGUAUGUAAUGGUGUGUGUGUGUGUCUGUCUGUGUCAUGUACUGUGUGUCUGUCUGUGUCACGGUCUCUCUGUGUCGUGGUGUGUGUGUCUGUGUGUCAUUGUGUCUGUGUAAUGGUCUGUCUGUGUUAUGGUGUGUGUGUGUCAAGGUGUGUGUGUCUUUUUUAAGGUGUGUGUCUGUCAGGGUGUGUGUGUGUCUUGCAUGGUAUGUGUGUGUCUCGGUCAUGGUGUGUGUGUGUCUGUGUCAUGGUGUGUCUGUCAUUGUGUGUCUGUUUCUGUCUGUGUCAUGGUGUGUGUGUCUAUGUCACGGUCUGUCUGUGUCAUGGUGUGUGUCUGUCAUGGUGUGUGUCUGUCAUGGUAUGUGUGUGUAUAUAUGUUUUUACUCACUUUUUUUCCCCCCACAUCGUGCUGGUCUCCCCUCGACUGGCCCUGCCUCUACGGCUGAGAUCAUCAAGCUUGAUGAUCUCAGCCAAUCCGCACUGACACAGGAAGCACCUCUAGUGACCGUCUGAGUGUCUGUCACUAGGAAGCAAUCUAAACACUGCCUUUUCUCUAAAAAGUCAGUGUUUACAUUGAAAAGCCUGCAGGGACAGGCUAUAGACACCAGAGCCACUACAUUAAGCUGUGUGUGUGUGUGCGCACCUGCUAGUGAGUGGGCUUGUGUUUUUAUGUCAAUGACCUUAUGUAUAUCAGUGAGAUUGUUUGUCUAUGAGGCUGUGUAUCAAUCAGCUUGUGUCAGUGAGAUUGUCUGUGUCUGCAUGUGAGUAUGCCAAUAUUUUAUAUUGGAAAAAGCAAUAUAUAUAUAUAUAUAUAUAUAUAUAUAUAUAUAACUCAAUCAUCUGUCCUGGCAAGACAUAGCCUUACAUAUUACAUGCGACAAUAUAUGGCGCAAUGACUUAUAGGGCUGGCAUAGAUUUUUUUUCCAGGGCUGCUUUGGAAUCCCCAGUCCGGCCCUGUCCCUAUACAAUGGUUAAAUAUGAUCCAAAGCAGUAUUAACAACUUUAUCUGGAAAGGCAAAAAGCCCAGAAUUAACAUUACUGUGCUCUCAAAGAAAGGACAUCAAGGGGGUAUGGGAUACCCAGGAGCGGACUGAGAACCCUCAGGGCCCCCGGGCAAAAUAAAUCAAGGGCCCCUUUACAGGCCCCACCCAUAAUCUGCAGCAAGCGCCACCCUUGUCCCGCCUCCAUGCACCGCCUCCAGCCACACCCUACACAAUCUUUAGACACAAGGAACAAAAGUGCAAUAAUCCCUUCGAGGCCCCAGUAGAGACUACAAUUGAGGGCUAAUGGGCCAUGGAGGGGGGUCUCUCCAACACUCUGGUUCCUAUUCACAAUAUAGCAACACAACAUAGCUCGCUGAUACCUAGGCCAAGUUGGCUCCUCUUACCUUAAUUACUGUUGCUGGCUGGCAGUCUGUGGGCUUACUGGCUGCGGCUGACAGGCUGGGGGCUUGCUGGCUACUGUCGGCAGGCUGUGAUCUUGCUGGCUGCGGCUGGCAGGCUGCGACUGGUAGGCUGUGGGCUUGCUGUAGGCCUGUGGGCUGGCUACUGGCCUGGCUGGCCUGUGGGCUCGCUAACUGGUGGCUUUUGGGCUGGCUGGCUACUGGCCAGCCUGUGGGUUGGCUGGCUGGCUGGCUGGCCGGCCUGUGGGCUGGCUGGCUACUGGGGCACUUGUAGAUUAUUUAAAGAAAUAAUCCAUGCCCAAUAACCACUACUGCUCUGUGUAGUGGUUAUGGUGCCAGGAGGGCCGGGCCCCCCUCCCAGAGUAAGUAGUCAAACCGUUUAAGAACUGUUUGACAACUUACCUGGGGUCUGCUGGGAUAUGGGGAUGUAGUAGGGUAUAGGAGCAGUGGUGCAAUGUGUGAGGGGUGCAGUGUGUGUGAAAGGUUCAGUGUGUGUGGGGGGGUGUAGCGUGUGAAUGUGUAGGGUGUGUGGGGCAAUGUGUGUAUGAGUAUGUGUGUGGAAAUGUUAGUAUGGGGGGCUGUUUGUAUAUGGAUGGGCAGUGUAUGUGUGUGUGUGAGGCAAUGUGUGUAAAUGUGUAUGGUGUAUGUGUGGGCAGUGUGUGAAUGUGUAUGGUGUGUGUGUGUGUGGGGGCAGUGUGUUUAUGGGGCUAGAGUUCACUCUCACCACUGCGACCACCAGGAAUCCCUGGUGGUCACAGUGUUGAGAGUGAACUCUAGCCCAUAGCUCCAGGGCUAGAGUUGACUCUCGCAAGAGCGGUAACGUUGCCAUGGUAACCGCAGCAAUGCUCUGUGCUCGCGCAAGAAGGACCCAGAGGAGCUGCAGGCUGAGCUCCCGGGUCCUCUCUUCCUCCCUCCCCUGCCGGCUGCCCGCACGGUGCCUGCGGACAGGGGAGGGGGGGCAAUUGCCCAGUUGCCCCCCUGGAUCCACCAGUGAUAUAUACAGCCCUUCUGUGUGUGCCUUUUUGUCUUCCCCCCGUCCCUCUGUAUGUUUCUUUCUGCAGCAAAAAGCAAUAAAAAAACCAAAAAACUUUGGGCUGACAGUUAAUCACACUAAUUAACUCUUCCACGCUGGCUACAAUCCUUUUAGGUCUGCUAUCAAUUGCAGGACAGGUCUUUGGUUCACUCUUAUGCCAGACAGAGUGUCUGCAAUUUCGAUCGUAAUUUUAGAAUUGACACCUCCUAACUUAAUUUCACCCUUUCCUUACAACAGAACUUUGUAAGGUUCCCUUAGUUUUUACUUAAAGGUUUGUCUGGGUGAAAACCUCCCCAAAGAGAUCAUCCCACAAGAAUAGCUGCAUAAGACACUCAGAUAUACCUCUCCUCCCCGGACCUCUACCCUGCCGUCCUGCAACGUGUCAUUGCUUGCCUUUCUUCCAUCUCUGACUGGAUGUCCUCACGCUUUCUGAAACUCAACCUCUCUAAAACUGAACUCUUUCCUCCUCAUUAUACUGAUCCUCCUCUCUCACUUCAAGUCAGUGAUAUCCACAUAAGUCCAUCCUUGCAAGCGCGCUGUCUUGGCAUCAUACUUGACUCUGGCCUCACCUUUGAGCCUCACAUCCAGUUUCUUGCCAAAUCCUGUAGGUUCCAACUCAAAAACAUAGCUCGCAUCCGCCCCUUUCUUACGCAAGAUGCGACCAAAGAGCUUGUCCAUACUCUAGUAAUUUCCCGCAUGGAUUACUGUAAACCUCUCCUGAUUGGUCUCCCCAAAAGCCGUAUUGACCCGCUACAGUCUGUAAUGAAUGCUGCAGCUAGACUGAUUUUGCUCUCUAGUCGGUCCUCUCACACAUCACCCCUGUGCCAGUCCUUACAUUGGCUCCCUGUAUCCUAUAGGAGUCAAUUCAAAGUGCUAACCCAUACAUUUAAAGCACUGAACAAUUCUAGCCCCUCAUAUCUCCUCAAUGAUCCAUAGGUAUGCCCCUCCUCGGUCCCUCCGCUCUGCCCAUGACCACCUCCUGACCGCUGCUCGCACCCGUACGGCGCUUGCAGGACCUUGCGCAGGUGGCUCCUUUCCUAUGGAAUAGCCUGCCUACCGCCAUCAGACUCUCCCCUAGUCUUCAAUCAUUUAAGAAGAGCCUUAAAACGCAUCUCUUCAGGAAAGCUUAUAGCCUCCUAGAGUAACCUCUACCUGUCUCUUGCUCUCUCUACCCUCUCCUCCAGCUCUGCUUCACUCCCACCCUAUUUGAUUGAUAUUUCCUGUCCUAAUGUGUCUUAUACCCCACCUCCUAUAGACUGUAAGCUCGUUCGAGCAGGGUCCUCUUCAACCCAUCGUUCCUGUAAGUUUUCUUGUAAUUUACACAAAACUUAAAUUACAAACAUAAUAUUGCAAAGCGCUACGGAAUCUGCUGGCACUGUAUAAAUGGCAAUAAUAAUAAUAAUAAUAAGAGCUAUAUGGAGACGAGUCCGCUAGUCAGGCAUGUCCGGUGUGAAAUCAUUAGGGGGUACUCUAUGAUCAGUUCCAGGGGACGCAGAACUUUCUACUGAGUGCCAUGCAGUAUCUGUUAAAGCAGUGGUUCUCAAACCAAUCCUCAAGACCCACCAACAGUCCAGGUUUUGUUAGUAUCUCCAUUGGAAUAAAACAGGGAAAUACAUAAAUCCUGGAUUGUUGGUGGGCCAUGAGGACUGGUUUGGGAACCACUGUAUUAAAGAGUCUCUCUGAGGCAGUGUCUGUUGCCUCUCAAUUAGCAUUUACAAUUUUCAAAUUCGUAUUUUAUUGAAUUUUCAAAACAACCAUGUGGGAGUACAGAAAGGAAGAAGGGGUAUCCACAAGUAUUUAUUAGAUAGUUACAAUGUAGUAGUUACAAAUAAUUAGUUGCAAAGAUAACACCUUGUGCAGUCGUUAACACCUACAAAUGUGUAUCCAGCCUGUUGUUGGUCGUGCGUCGUAUGUCAUGUUUGUGCUUAAAGCCGUCUCGGCAUGUAGAGUAGCCUAUGUAUUUAUGAUAAAUUACCCUGGGUUCUGACUGUCGGUUAUGUAGUUGCUCCAACGUUGCCAAUUAUUAUGUGUGAUAUCUCUACGACUGGGUGUCGAUGUAAUCAGCAUCUCAUGUCUCAGAUACUGUUGUGUUUUGUGGAGUAGUUGCUGUGGAGUCGGGCAAAUCUGUUGUUUCCAGUGGCAUGCAAUAAGGUUGCGCGCAGCUAGUAUUAGUAUAAUCAGUAGUUGCUUGUCCUGUGCAGAAACUUGAGCAGGCAACAAUAGGAACAGACCAAUGGUGGGUGUUAGAGUUCCCUUCAUUAUUCCUAGAGAAUUGCCUAGUCGUUGGACUUCAGUCCACAAUGGGGAAAUAUUUGGGCAGUCCCACCAGACAUGCCUCAUUGUCCCUAUAUCGUUAGUGCAUCGCCAACAUGUGUUCGGGGUGGCCGGAUAAAUUUUUUGUAGCUUGUGAGGUGUGAGGUACCACCGAUACACAAGUUUCUUAUGUGCCUCUAUAUGGGUGUAGCAAGAGGUAACGCCUUUGAGUGCCCCAAGUGACCUUAGCCACUGAACAUUAGUGAACUGUGGGUGCCCUUCUUUAUGCCAUUGGAUCGCAAAAGUGAAAUUCGUCAGAGGGGGAUGUUGCCCUAAGGCAGCAUAUCCAAGGGAUAAAGCUUUAGCUUUUAUUGGCGCUUUUCGGCACCUAUUAUAUAAAGCGAUAAGAUCAAGGUUUGUGGCGGGAGCAUGUUGGGUCGGGGUUUGUACCCUUUCUUUAAUUAUGCUUUUGAGUUGGAGGUAUGGGAAUAUGUAGUUGGACGGCAAGGUGUACUUGAGUUGGAUAUCAGGGAAGGGUAAAAUGGUCCCAUGUUGAUAUAUAUCAGUGAUGUGUGUGAUGCCCUUGUCUUUCCAUUUAUGUAAAGAUAACCAUGGGGAGAUGGAAUGUAACGUUGUUAUCGGCGCCCAUGAAGAAAAUUUUGUAGUGUUCGCAUGUCGUUUAUGGAGGUAAUCCCACAUUUGGAGUGUGAGUCUAGAUGUAGGGAGCAUUGAGGUGCUCUUAUCCCUGAGGUGUCUGGGUGUCCACAGUACGUCUACCACUGAGGAACGUGGAAAAUAAUUAUUCUCCAUGUCCACCCAUUGGAAUGUAUGUGAGGGGGCAUGCAGUUUGAUUGCUGCUUCCAGUAGUGCGGCCUUGUGGUAAAGCGCAAUAUUAGGGAGACCUGUCCCCCCUCUGUUCACCGGAAUUUGUAGCAGUACACUCGGGAGGCGUGGCCUCUUAUUUUCCCAGAUAUAGUUGUUUAUAAGACGCUGUAGUUGUUUGCCUACUGAGGCGGACAAGGGGAGAGGAAGCAUCCUAAAUACAUAUAAAAGCUUGGGAAGAAUCACCAUUUUUACAGCAUUAAUCUUUCCAAGCCAGGAUAACCACACAUCUUUCCAUUUGUGCAGCGAUUGCCGGCAUAGUUGUGGGAGCGAGGAAAAGUUGAGUGUGUUAAUUCCUCUAAGUGUGGGUGCUAUUUUCACUCCCAGAUACGUUAUGUGGGUAGUUCUCCAGUCAAAUUUGUAUUUGUGCUUCAAUGAUUGUACCGUCACCGUUUGCAACCUAAUUGGUAGGGCUUGGGUCUUUAAUUGGUUGAGUUUAUAAUAAGAGACCCUACUGUAUUCCUCGAGAAUGCCCAGGAGCCAGGACAGGGAUUCGCCCGGAUCUGCUAGGGUUAUGAAAAUGUCAUCAGCGAACAUAGCCAAUUUAAAUUCUUCGGUUCCCACCCGUACACCCCUAAUAUGAGUGUGAGUUCUGAUUAUAUGUGCUAAGGGUUCGAGGGAGAGCACAAACAAUAGGGGUGAAAGUGGGCAUCCCUGCCUUGUCCCAUUUGUGAUAGUAAAUGGGCUCGAGAUAAAGCCUGCGUUUGUGACUCUGGCUGAAGGUUGUUUAUACAACGCCAUGACCCCAUUGAUAAAGGACAUUGGGAAACCAUACUUAAGCAACACUUGUUCCAUGUAAUGCCAAUUUAGUCUGUCGAAGGCCUUCUCCGCGUCUAGCGCUAGGAGAAGACCUUCCAUAUGAUGGGCUUCCAUAUGAGCUAAAAUAUUUAGUAUUUUUCUGGUGUUGUCAGACCCUUGUCUCUGUUUAACAAAACCUGAUUGAUCAUUAUGGACAAUACGUGUCAGUAUUUCUUUCAGUCUCUCUGCUAUCAGUUUUGCAUAAAUCUUGGUAUCACAGUUCAGGAGGGAUAUGGGUCGGAAAUUUGGGCAUAUAUCGGCAGGUUUGCCUGGCUUUGGCAAUGUGGAGAUAUGCGCCUGAAGCAUCUCUUUCGGCAUAUAACCGUUGGUGUAGCAAUAGUUUAUAAGCUGUGUCAUAUGUGGGAGUAGUGCCUUUGCAAAUGUUUGGUAGUACAGGUUCGUAAAACCGUCGGGACCCGGAGAUUUAUGUGUGGGCAAUUUAGUUAUCACUGCAGCCACCUCUGAUUCUGUGAAUGUGCUCGUGAUCUGUGCUAUUUCCUCGUCUAUGAGAGUAGGUAGACUGAUUUUGGAUAGAAAAUCCUGAAUCUGGGCGGGAGUGGGGACGUGUGUACCCACUGCCUCUUUGAGAUUGUAUAAAGUACUGUAGUACUUUGCAAAUUCGUCUACAAUAUGUUGCGGGUGUAGGAUUUUUUGUUUGUCAGCUGUCAGUAGGUAGGCUAUUUUGGAAUUCGGUAAGCGCUCCUUGAGCUUUGCUGCAAGCGCAGCGCCAGACUUGUUACCAUGUGCAAAAAAUUUAUGUCGGUGCUUGUGUAAAAUGUAAUUAGUCUUCUCUGUCUCUGUGUCACUUAGUUGCGUUUGCAAAGUUUUAAGGGUAUCGUAAUGCGUUUGAGAAGGGUUUAGUUUGUUUGCAUGAGUCAACUCCGUUAUUUGUUUUAUGAGGUCCGUAUAUUUAGCAUUUCUUUGUUUGUUUUUAUAACUAGCAUGUUUAAUCAGGCUCCCUCGGAUCACUGCCUUAUGUGCUUGCCAGUUUGUAUCAAUAGAAGUCUCUCCCGUGUCGUUGAGUUCAAAGAAGGUGUAAAUGUCUUCUUCAAUGCUUUUAACUAUGUGUGGGUCACGUAGUAAUGUUUCGUUGAUUCUCCAUGUGCCCUGGCCCUUAUGUGGGAAAUGUUCCUGUAGUGUGAGUAGUAUAGGUGCAUGGUCCGACCAUGUCAUCGUCCCUAUCUGGGCACUGCAGACCUUACGGGUCAUGGCAGUGGGUAAUAGGAACCUGUCUAUUCUGGAGUAUGAGUUGUAGACCUGCGAGUGAAAGGUGAAAUCCUUUUCAGAUGGGUGUAAUAUCCUCCAUAUGUCUAGAAGGCCUGCUCCAUGUAUCGUCUGCCUUAUUUGUUGUGUAAUGUGGGUGCGUUUUCGUGAGGUUGAGCGAUUUACUGUAUGUGUGGAUGUUGUGUCGGCUGCGCUAUCAAGUAUAAAAUUGGUGUCACCCCCAAUGAUCAAGUUGUUACAAGGGAAUUUGUGGGCCAAGGAUAUAAUUUUGGAUACAAAGUCUUUUUGGUUCUCAUGUGGGCCAUACACAUUCAAUAGUGUGAAUGGGUCAUCGUUUAUAGUGCAAUGGAGUAGAAGAAACCUGCCUUCUUUGUCUCUAACUUUCUUGCAGAGUUUAAAGGUAACAUCCUUGUGUAUUAAAAUAGAUAUGCCUCUUUUUUUUUUUGGCAUACCCUGCAUGGAACCCUAAGGGGAAUUGUUUCGAUGUGAAUUUGGGCAUAUUAGUGUUAAGGAAAUGGGUUUCUUGGAAAAAUGCAAUUUGGGCUUUAAGCUUAGUAGCUUCGGUUAGUGCAAGUCUCCUUUUGUGAGGGGAGUUAAGACCUUUAGCAUUUAGUGAUAAUAUAUUAUAUAUUAGUCAUCUUUGGUGAGCCUCACAGGGUGCUAGAUACACUUUGGAACAUUGUUGGAGACUGUGGAGCAAUAACCUGAUGGUGGCGUGUUUAAGCGGUGCCCAUGCAAUCGUAUUUCUUUCAUUUCUUAUUAAAUCGCAGAGAUUCUCAAAAUUAGAUUCUAUGUGGGUUUCCCCCUGUGACGUAGUAAUGUGAAUAUGAAUACACCGUGCAUAAAUCUUGUGUGUUCGAUAUAUUCGGGCAUUAUGUACCGCUUGUACGAUUAGUCUACGAACGUGAACAUCCAAAGUUACUGUUAGAUACCUCGAGGGAAUUGGGGAGGGAGAAGAAGGGUAGAGGGUAAUUAAGUGCCCGAAGGCAACUAUGUACAAUGUGACUUGCAGAUCUGAGGUGUCUGCCGUCUGGUAGAAUUUCGUGGCCCUUUAGAGCCUGAAUGGGGGGAGGGUAUUCAUGUGUGUGUGUGUUUUACCCUUCUGGCUCGGGACCGCCUUGUUCCUAAAUCUAGGUCAACUGUCCCAACAAAUGUUAUAGCAUCAACAGAACAUAAGUAGUCAAAACAUAAAUAAUUAAGACAACCAAAUAAAGCAACAUGGUUCUCAUGUAUAUGGACUGCCUUCAAGCAGUGAGAAAUGCUCACAUAUCGUCAGGCGAUGUGUGCAAGAGUGUAGUUCGGCUAUGCUUGAGUAUACAGGGAAAUGUCCUUCACUUGUAGUUGGAUGCCGUAAGCCAAUCUUUAGUCACCAUCUUUGAAGAUUGUCGGUGAGUCCCAUCUUCAGCGUGUCCGCCUUGUGUGGGUAUAGGGAGAUUCCAUUCUUUGAGAAGACGGAGACCUUCUAGUUCUGUGUGAACUUGAUGCUCCACUCCAUUUCUCCUUAUUAUGAGGCGGGUGGGAUAUCCCCAUUUAUAUUGGAGCCCUGCGCUUCGCAGAGCUGCUGUGAAAGACGUGAAUUCCUUGCGCUUCGCCAAUGUAGCCGCCGAUAGAUCUGUAAAAAGCUGGAUACCUGUGAAUUUUUCCGGUAUUGCGCUUGGGUUUCUUGCCGUUCUCAGAAUUUUUUCUUUGGUUGCAAAAUAGUGAACCCGCGUUAACACAUCUCGCGGAGCAGUGGGAGCAAGAAAUUUAGGGCGCGGUAGUCGAUGUAUUCUAUCUAGAUGCAGUUCUUCAUCCUUUAUAGCAGGACAUAAAGCUUUGAAUAGCUCCGUGGCAUAAUCUUGAAGCUCAGCGGGUUUAACCUCUUCAGGAAUACCGCGUAGGCGGAUAUUGUUUCGCCUGUCGCGGUCCUCAUGAUCCGCCACUUUUGCUGCAAGUGCAUUCAGUCUUGCGUCGAAUGAAUCAUAUCCUGAGGCAAGAUUAUUGUGUGCUGCUAUUAUUUCGUCCGUCUUUUCUUCCAGCUGUGCAGUGCGCUCGCAUAUCGCUUUAAUAUCCGUGCGGACGUCUCUGGCAAGUUUGGAGAAUUCAGCCUGUAAGUUAUUUUGCAGUUCUUGCAUCAUUCUCUGCAUUGCCGUCUCUGAGGCCGGUAUGGUGGGCUCCAGGGAUAUUGAAGUGCUGUCACUCCGUUCGGAGUAGGCUGUGGGUGAGUUAGGGCCUUCGGCGCCAUUUUGAGGCUUCCCUCGCGGCGGUGUGAGUGCCGCUAUUUGCAGCUCCGCCGGUCGGAUUUUUGCCUUUUUCGCUGUGCGUUGGGACAUAGUCGGUGCAGGUCUCACCUAUGCUGGUGUGUGUGGGUCUGUUUGUCGGGUAUGCUAAGAUAAUCGCUGCUGUUUUGAGCUACCCCCGUCGGAGCUGAUCUCUCACGCGUCCAUUCUCGUGAGUAGCCAGGCCACGCCCCUCAGCAUUUACAAUUUUAUGGGCUUCCUCAGCAGUAAAUUUCCUAAGCAUAGUGAACAAAUAAACUUUAACUGAACAAUGUAAAUCUUAGUUUUGUUUUUUUGUUUGUUUGUUACAUGUUAAUUUUCAGUUACUCUGCAUGUCCUCACUGUUACAUUUUAUACUAUGCCUUUCUGUCACGAUGCCUGCUUGCUUCAAACUUGCGGCUGAUUGUCCACAAGUCAAUAUACUGUUCCCCCACAAUGUUCCAUGUUUUCAGUAUAAUAAAACGUCACGCAGCCUACUACCUAGAUGAACCCAGGACAAAGUCAAGUACAUGCUAUGGCCUCCCAAAAUACUAUAUCUAAAACAAAACAAGUGUAGCGGAGUUCUGCUACUCCGGUUGAGUACCUCUGCUAAGAAUCUCUCCCUGAUCCGGCAAAGUACUUGGAGAGAUUAUGGCCAUCACCCAACCAUCAGCCAAGACUUGAUGAAAGAUGACAAUACUGAAAACUUUAUUGAACAAAAUACAGGCUUAUGUACACAGACCCCCAGCAUGGGGUCUCCAGCAAAAACAUAGGUAAGCCCGCCCGGGCACCUCGAUGUAUGGGAGAGAAUCGCAAAACACACACACACACCUACCUUAAUUUAAUGAACUCCUAGGACCAUCAGUGCUAAUGCAAUUAUCACCCGAACACAUGAAAAACCUCACAAACAUGAAAAGCAGAGAUAACCCCACAUAUGUAGUAUCCCCGGAUAGCUCGUCCCCAAGUGCACAUUCUGGAAAAAUAACUCUUCAAUCCGAGGUCUGUAGUGGAAACGCCACUGGAUUAACAUUUUCAUCGGCAUUAUGAACAAAAGGGUAUGCGCCUACAUACUGCUAAUCGGUUUUAAAACAAGCACAACACAAUUUUCUUAAAGGACCACUAUAGCCACCCAGACCACUUCUGCUCAAUGAAGGUUUUAACCGUUCAGAUGUAAACAUAUCAGUUUCAGAGAAACUGCUAUGUUUAUAUUGCAGGGUUAAUCCAGCCUCUAGUGGCUGUCAGUGGCUUCUCUGAUGCUUAAUGCGAAAACUGAGAAAUGCUUUCCCGUGGGUGUUUUUAAUGCACGCGAAGCUGGCAUCGGAGGGGGAGGAGAGGUCACCAGCGCCGAGGGAGCCUGGCGCUGGAUAAAGGUAAGUGGCUGAAGGGGUUUUAGGCCCUUCAGCCCAGUGGGAGGGUGGCCCUGAGAGUGGGGGGGGGGAUCUAAGGAUUAUAUAGUGCCAGGAAAACAAGUUUGUUUUCCUGACACUAUAGUGAUCCUUUAAUCAUUUGAUUGCCAUGAAAUAUUUUUAAGGUGACACAAGGCGUCAAUGGAUUGCUGGUUGUAUUCGUUAUCACUUUUAUAUUUAUAGUUCAAGCUCUCUUGAUGUAUUUCCCAAAUGAAAGACAAAACAAAUGCUAUCCAUUUAGUAAUGAGAGAUGACAGUUUUAACUUCACCUCUGUUUUAUGAUAGCAGUUUUCUUUGGCAAGGGUGCAAAAUGUUUAGUUGAAGUUGAGUUAUUGUGACAUUUGGUUUCUGUAAUGUCUCUACAAAUAGAACUAUGUCAUAUGCCCUCAUUUCAGGUGCGUAUCAUGUUAACUAUAAAGCAACAUUUGAAAUUGUUAUUAAACAGCCACUGGAUGUUUUUCAAAAGGCAACAAAUGAAAAUCAGUAAAAUAGUAUCAAAUUUAAGGAAUAUUCUGCUAGUUUAUAAUCUCAUUAAUAGUGUUGCAAUACUUUCAACGAUCAGACAGAACAUUAAAACCACCUGCCUAAUAGUGCCCCUUGUGCUGCCAAAACAGCUCUGAUCCAUCAAGAUAUGGACUCCACAACACCUCUGUAUGUGUCCUGUGGUAUCUGGCACCAAGAUAUUAGCAGCAGAUCCUUUAAAUCCUGCAAGUUGCAAUCCUUCAUCCAUGGAUCGUGUUUGUUGUUCCAGUACAUCCCACAGAUGCUCAUUCGGAAUGAGAUCUGGGGAAUUUGGAGGCCAAGGCAACACUUGUCAUUUUCCUUAAACCAUUCUUGAACAAUUUUUGUACUGUGACAGGAUGCAUUUACCCGCUGAAAGAGGGCACUGUUAUCAGGAAGCACCAUUGCACUGAAGGCUUGUUUGUAGUCUGUAACAGGUGUUAUGUGUCAAAGUAACAUGAAUGCCAGGAACCCAGUCCUUAAGUACCCCCUACCAGUCCAGGAUUUAGAGAUUACCCUGUUGUGUCUAAAGUGUUUUUUCUUUUUUUAAAACACCUUUGACACAACUAGGGCAAUCCCUACAUCCUGGACUGUUAUGGGGUACUUGAGGACUAAGUUGGGAACCACUGGUUCCACUGGCCUGCCUUCUUCUAUUGCUCCAUGUUCCAGUUCUGAUGCUCAUUUCCCCAUUGAAGGCAAUUACGCUGGUGGACCAGGGUUAUCACGGGCAACUGGUCUGUGGUUAAGCAGCCCCAUAUGCAAACUGCAAUGCACUGUGUUCUGACUUUUUUUUUUUUUUUAUCAUGGCCAGUAUCAGGGCCGGCCUUAGACCUUAAGGCUACUGUGCGAAAAAUCUUCACAGCACCAUCUCCCCCCCUCCCCCGUCAUCCAUGUAUAGUGUGUGUGUAUUGAUUAUAUAGGGAAUUUAUUAAAUAUAAGGAUUUAAAAACAAAUAUUCAUUCCUCCUUUCCUGUUGUUACCUAGUUGGGAGAGGGGCAUGCUGAUCUGAAUCUGGUCUGCACCUCCACUGGGUACAGACCAUGCGUAUCUGUCUCGCAAGCUCAGGGACUUGCAGUGUUCUGUGGUAAUCUGCGGUGGUCUGCAGCCAAUAGAAGUGCAGGCCAGAAGUGCCAGACUGCCUGCCCUACAUUACAGAGGAGCAGACUAAGUAUGUCACAUAAUACUGUUAGUGGUUUUGCUUUGGAGCUCUGGAUUAUACUUAUUUACCUUGACCUCUUGGAAUAAAAAUUAGCAGUAAUGCGCUGCUUCUCCAUUUAUCACAGAGCUCCACAACAACCCAACUCCCAGUAAUGUGGAGCUCCGUGACAAGAUCAUACACUACACAACAAUACAACUCUAAGUAAUGUGUCUAUUAGUGUAUCACCAGGCUCUCUAACUAUAAAACACAGAGUAAUGUGCAUUUUAUAUACCAGAGCUCCACAGUAAUACAUCUCACUAUAAUAUGAAGUCAUGUUUGUGUUGUCUGUGUAUGUGAUAGGGGUGAUGACUGGGUUGUGGUACGUGCUGGUUGUGUGUGAUAUUUGUAAUGGAUGUAUUAACUGUGUGUGAUAUGCGUGUAUUGGUUGUAUGUGAUAUUUGUGCUGGGUUUAUUGGCUGUGUGUGAUGGGUAUUUAAUUCAGAUUAAAAUAUGCAUUUAGGCCUAUGUGUGAAUGCAGGUAUAUAUUUUUGCAGAGUUAUGUGCACACAGUCCCACAGUAAGAUGCACACAGUUAUACAUAUACAUUGUCAAAUCCACCACAUGCACACAGUCGCAGGCAGAUAGUCACAGGCAGAUAGUCACAUACAUAGGAUCAGGCAGUCACACACAUACACAAUUACAGGCAGACAGUCACACACACACAGGAUCAGGCAGUCACACACAUACACAAUUACAGGCAGACAGUCACACACACACAGGUACAGGCAGUCACACACAUACUCAAUUACAGGCAGACAGUCACACACAGGUACAGGCAGUCACACACAUACUCAAUUACAGGCAGACAGUCACACACACACAGGUACAUGCAGUCACACACAUACUCAAUUACAGGCAGACAGUCACACACAGGUACAGGCAGUCACACACAUACUCAAUUACAGGCAGACAGUCACACACAGGUACAGGCAGUCACACACAUACUCAAUUACAGGCAGACAGCAGACAGUCACACACACACAGGUACAUGCAGUCACACACAUACUCAAUUACAGGCAGACAGUCACACACAGGUACAGGCAGUCACACACAUACUCAAUUACAGGCAGACAGUCACACACACACAGGUACAUGCAGUCACACACAUACUCAAUUACAGGCAGACAGUCAUACACACACACAUGUACAGACAGUAACAUACAUACAGCCACAAAUAGUCACACACACACAUACUUACAUGCAGAUAGUCACACACAGGCAGACAGUCACAUAGACACACACAGGCAGACAGUCAUACACACAGGCAGACAGUCAAACACACACAGGCAGACAGUCAUACACACAGUCACACACACACGCACACAGUCACACACACAAAGGUAGACAGUCACGCACACACAGGCAGUCACACACGCACGCGCACACACAGGCAGUCACACACGCACACGCACACACACACACAGUCAUACACACAGACACACACACAGGCAGUCACGCACGCACACACACAGGCAGACAAACACACAGACAGCCACACACAGGCAGACAAUCACACAUAGUUACCUCUGUUCAUUAUGUGUGAGCUAUGUCGGCCACAUGACGCCCCCUGCCCCCAUGGCGCCCUGUGCAGCCGCACAGCUCGCACACCCCUAAGGCCGGCCCUGGCCAGUAUUAAAAUUUUCAGAAAUCUGUGUAUUAAGACCAGACAGGCUAGCCUUUGCUCCCUAUAUGCAUCAAUGAACCUUGGGAACUCAUGAUCCUGAUGCCAGUUCACCGGUUGUCUUUCCUUGCACCACAUUUAGUAGGUACUAACCACUGCAUACUGGGAACACGCCACAAGACUUGCCAUUUUGGAGAGGGCCAAAUAGUGAUGGUUGACCUAGUCAUCUAGACAUCACAAUUUGGCCCUUGUCAAAGUCAAGCAGAUCUUUCCACUUUCCCAUUUUUUCUGUAACAAAUUGAAAUUGAAGAACUGACUGUUCACUUGCUGCCUAAUAUAUCCGAACGAAUGACAGGUGACAUGGUAAUGAUAUAAUCAAUGUUUUUCACUUGACCUGUCAGUGGUUUCAAUGUUCAGUUUAUACAAGUAAAUAUAUAUAUGUAUACAAAAACAAAAUAAAGCAGAUAAAAUACCUGCCUUAAAUGCACAAUGUGUUAACAUUGGGUAUGUUUCCUAUAUCCAGAUGGGACAUCUCGUAUGUUAGCUCCACCCAGAUAUGUAGACAUUAAAUUAUGAUAGCUAUUAUUAUUAUUUGUAUAGUUAGCAACGUUUCAAGUGAAAGAUCACAGAAAUAGAUAUACAAUGGUGUAUGUCCUUGCCAAUAGUGCAAAAAAACAGCAUGUUCUUCAAAAAAGCAAUAUGGUCUUUUGUUGGCAUAAGGCUCUUUCUUUAGUUUAUUCGGAACUGUGCAUGCUGCAUUUAAAAACACUUUGUACAGUAUGUUUGCAACUUUUACAUAUUUGGGGAUCUCUAAAAUGUCUUUAGAAUUUAGAAUACAUACUCUUUGUAAGUGCAGCUGCAAGGAUUACGGUUAAAUAAAACUAUAUUGUGUCAUGGGAUAAAGAUUUAACACAAGACAUUUUUGCAUUUGCCUCUCUCGGACUACGUUUCAUUCUACAUCUUAGAUUUUCAUACUUUCUUUAUUCUCAGUGUGAAAUGAGAAAUAUGUUUUAAUAUUUUAACUCAUUAACUUAUCCCUGUACAAUAUUUUUUUAGCACAGAGAGAUUCGCUCUUAAUGACUUCAUAAUCGCACCACUUUUACACAAGAAUUGUCCUGGAGGCUUUUAAUAUAACCAGAGUUCUGGCACCCAUGGGUUCGCCAGUACUCAUUAAUAGGGCCGUUCUUUACCACCUUAAUGCCCUGCUCAAUACAACCUAACCUAAAUGAGCUCACUUUUGGAACAAAACCACCUAUAUGGUCCAUUUCUUAUGAACAGUAAGCGGUCAAUGUGCAAAAACAUAUAGCUACUGAAAUAUACAGCAUGCAAAGAGAGAGAUAUGUGUAUAUGAUGUAUUUAUAUUUCUAAAAACUAGAUAAAUUAGGUUGGGUAUAGAAAGAAAAACACAGGGUCUUCAUGAUAUAUACAGAAUGCAAUUUGUGAAGGAAAGUAAUGAAAGUAUGGGGGGAUAGUAAUCAAAAUGUUCUGAAACGUGGAGGUUAAAAUACAUUAUUUUAGUGAUCUAAAAGUGAGAUUUUCCUCAUAGUAAAUUCCACCAGCAUUUUUAGCAAUUUCCAUUUCAGUAGACCAACCCAUUUAUAGUGGAGGAAAAUUCAGCCACUUUUCUGUCAGAGAAAGUGGUGGAAAUAUUCAUAAAUACACAGUUUUGUUGAAUAAAAAAUGAUGCUUAUUUAAAAAAAAAAAAAAUUAUGACGCAACAGGGUCUCACUCAACUCAUUGAAAGACUGCAUUUUCCAUCCUGCAGUGAAACACCUACCACUCUCAGGUCUCACUCAACUCAGUGAAAGACUGCAUUUUCCAUCCUGCAGUGAAACACCUACCACUGACUGAAGCUGGAAGAUACUCCACCUCUUGUAUUCCUGGAUUGCUAACAUUCUCAUGUAUUACUAUAGAUUUGUAACAAUUUUACCUGUAGUUUGUAAUAUUCUGUGCAUGCAGUAUGUACUAUAGUCAUUUAAUGUUUCUGACCAAUAUUUCUUGUAGACAGUUAUUAAUAUUUUGGGUGAUAGAAUUUGGUUGCUAAACAUUUCAAUAGUAUAUAACACAUGACUACUCUACCCCACUUCCCACCCACCCUUCCCUUCUCCCGCCCACCCAGGCUUCCCCUAAAUAUAUAGCAUGCUCCUCCAGCUGUUUGAGAUUCUCACCCAAUUACCUCUUCAUUCCCCUAACAUCUUACCAAUAGCUGCUUCUCUGUUAAAGGACCACUCUAGGCACCCAGACCACUUCAGCUUAAUGAAGUGGUCUGGGUGCCAGGUCCUUCUAGGGUUAACCCAUUUUUUCAUAAUUAUAGCAGUUUCAGAGAAGCUGCUAUAAUUAUGAAUGGGUUAAGCCUUCCCCCUAAUCCUCUAGUGGCUGUCUCAUUGACAGCCGCUAGAGGCGCUUGCGUGCUUCUCACUGUGAUUUUCACAGUGAGAGCACGCAAGCGUCCAUAGGAAAGUAUUGUAAAUGCUUUCCUAUGCGACGGGCUGAAUGCGUGCGCAUUCAGCCGGCGGGGCGGAUCGGAGGCGGAGAGGAGGAGGAGAGCUCUCCGCCCAGCGCUGGAAAAAGGUAAGUUAUUACCCCUUUCCCCCUUCCAGAGCCGGGCGGGGGGGGGUCCCUGAGGGUGGGGGCACCCUCAGGGCACUAUAGUGCCAGGAAAACGAGUAUGUUUUCCUGGCACUAUAGUGGUCCUUUAACUCUUUCAGCCAUCACCUCCAAAUUUCCCCUGCUACCUCUUGUCUCAAAUCUCCAUGGUAUCCUUUUAGAUUGUAAGCUCACGGGCCAUCUAGCCAAGCACUUUUGUAUAAAAGAGCUCCAAUGGCUAGAUAUCAGCUUACGGGCAGGGCUCUCUACCUCUUGUAUUUGUCUGUGUAUAUUGCACGUUUCUCGAAUGAUUGUACAGCGCUGCGGAAUCUGUUGGCGCUUUAUAAAUAGCAGUAAUAAUAAUGAUAAUAAUAACAAUAACAUAAUUAACAUUCAACAGAUUUAAUAAAUUAUGCCCAAAAUUUCCUGAAAAUUAGACAGAAAAGUGUCGGCAAUAAAUCUUUCCCAUUGUUUAUUUGAAAAGAGAAAAUAUAAAUUCUAGUAGAUACAUACAACACUAUUAUAAGUGAGAUGGGUAGUUUUGUAAGAACUUGAUAUACUGGUUGUAAAAUUGGUGCUGGUAUGGAAGGCAAAUAUUAAGUAUAUCUUUGUAAACCAGCUCCAAAAUUGGAAGAGAUAAGUAUUGUGUUGUUUAUCUCUAGUGAUCCCAGUUGACUGCAUAGGAGAAUUAUAGACAUUCCUAUGGAACAGCAAAGUGAUUAACACUAUGGCGACACUGUUAUAAGUAAGUGUCUGGUAAAUAAAAAUGCGUUCACAGAGGAUGAUUUGAAGACAGAGUCUAAGAACUGUAAAUUGAACAGAUGAGGCAUAAGAUGCAGUCUGAAUGGGUGUUCAAUUUAAGAAAAAAGGUAAAUAAAUGAUAACCAGUAUUUGGACAAUACUCUAACUAAAGUCUAGAAAUGUUCAAUUAGUCCCUCAGGCAUAGAUGUUAAUACAAUUAAAAGUCACCAACAGGGGUAUAAUAAGAAGUAACAUGUCUGAAACACUAAAAGUGUACAUGGAGUGCUUAAAGGAAAAAUGAUAAUCUGAGAUUUAGCUCAAUUUACUAUGAACAUGGCCGACUUGAGAAUGUGUAAAAAAUGGAUAAAAACUAAAUGUUUUGUGUGUCAGAUUGAGAAGUAAAUUUAUCUUUGUUGCCCUGGAGUUAUCAUAGAAUUAUUUAAAUGUAAAGUAGGCAAGUAGCAAGCUGUAGGAGUGUAUUUUGGGGUUUUAGAGCAAUUUAGAGCAGUUACUGCCUGCAGAGGGGAGUGAAUAGCUACAUGAAGAGGAAUUUAAUACAAUAAGGUGAAUUGGUUUAUUACUAUCUCCAGAACACUUAGUAAUUAUUCAUAAUAUUAAAAUUAAAGUUAUGGCUUAGGAUAGGUCUAGAAAGUACAAGAAGAUUAGCAUAUUAUACUUUGUAGUAAAGAAAAAAACACAACAGAACAAUUUUCUCUGAUGAACAAUUUUCCUUGAAAUCAUAACGGAUAGAAAAUUAUGUUUAGUGAGCUUUGAAUUUGCUAGUUUCUGUCACCAUUGACAGAGAAGCACUGGAGACCUAUGGAGCAUUAAUGGUAACACUGUACUACACCAAUCAGAUGCUUCUCACAGAAUCUAGUGCUUCUCUGUCAGCAUUCAGCACCAUCAUGCUAUACCUGAUGAUAGCAAAUGUAAAUACCUUGCUUUGAAAAUUAAAAGGCCUUCAUGAAGGAAUGGUAGUCUGGCAGCCACUAGAGGUGUGCAUGCCUCCCAACUGUCAUGCUUUUGGCGGGCCAGUACUUAUUUUAUGAUCCUGUCCCACCAUCCCAAUUUAGUUCCCUGGUGUCCCUCAUCUGGGGACACCAGUAAUUGUCCAGAGGCACCACACAAUGAGCACAUAAUUAGAUAUUCUCAUACUAGGACUAUGCAGAGAGUGCUUCAAUAGCCUGGUGUAUUUGAUGACAGGCUGAUUUGCCCCUUCAAAAACUUUUUUUUUUUAAAUUUAAAUACAUAAAUAAAAUUACCAUAGGCAUGUUUGAAAAAAAAAAAAAAAAUCUAUAUCCCGGGCUAAGCUGAUGAAAAGUUCUUGAGAGUCAAUAAGAGGAAUAUCUAAAAGGUCUAGGAAGAAAAGGCAAAUAUCAGUGUGCAAUUAAUUAUCUGAUUCUUAAUAUAAAGAUCAUACAGAUUAUGUGAGCAGGACCAAUACAUUUUAUAUGUGAGCAAUGAGUAAGGCCAGUAUGUGAAAUAUUUCAUGUUUUGAGCUUAAUAAUGAACCAGCUUGAUUAGGAAAAAAAAGUGAUUACGUAAGAAAUAAUACAUAAAGAUCUUCCCUAGAAUUUGUAUGAUGCAUAUAUCCUGGAGAAUAAAUAGCACAAACUGUGGAAAUAUUACAGUUUUUACUAUUAUUUAUUAUUAUUAUUAAUUGUGGAUUCUUGUUUUUUUUUUUUUAUUCCUAUUUUGACAAAGAAAAAAAUGGGUGGAUUAAUCAGGGAAUUGGGAAGCAGCACAAACCUGCCUAUUGAAUGAAAUAAUCAGCUAGUCUUGUCUACUGAACCAUCAAAAAUGACAAGAGGAAUGAAGUAUGUGUUCCGAUUUGAGGUCAUUCUUAAAAUUAAAACAUAAAUAGGAAAACACAAUAAUGAAAUAAAUAUAGUAUGACACAAUAUCGCCUAGAAAUACAGUGUUAGAGCUGGGCACACACCUCAGAUGUCUCUAGGUUGUAAACUGCUUUGAGCAAGGUUUUCAUUCACCUAUUGUUCCUGUAACAUUUUGUACUUGUCUCAUUUACUGUUAAAUCCCCCCCUCCCCAUUUAUAAUAUUGUAAAUCUCUGCAGAAAAUGUUGGCGCUAAGUAAACACCAAUAUUAAUAAUAAUAAUAAUGUAUCUUUAUAGUAAAUACUUUCUUCUGCUUGUGAUCUGCAUUAUAUUUCUCAGAUAACACAUAAAUGUUGCCACAUAGGGCAUGAGGAUACAAAUAAAACUGAUUUAAAGUCAACAGGUCUAAGCUAAGUGCAAACAAAACAUGCCAUGCAACCCAAGCAAGAGUAGGCUGACCAUGGGAUCUGAUGAGCUUGAUCACCCUCACCAGCUCUAGUUUAUCUUAACUUGGAAUGUCACAAUAUUUGUGCAUUCUAUGAAUAGAUUGUUCACCACAGGCAAUCUGUGAUGGUGAUACAGCAAAUAACAAAUGACGUUUAAUAGAAAACAAGCCAGUAAGUGUACAUCUCUUGUUACCCCAGUCGGUGUGCGUUUCUCUACUCCUCCUUGUAUAAUUACACCCCCUCCUUCCACAACCCAGUCCCUCUUAAACCAUCUCUUAGGAGGUAGCCUGCAACCCUCUAUAGAUGUAGAUCCAUCUGGAAUCUCUCCUGCAUCAGCCUUCCAGAGUACCCAGCCCCUUCCAGCACACAGGGGCCAGCCUCCUACCACAGAGCAUAAGAGGGGAGUUAGAGCAUGGUCUGUGUCUGAUCCUUGCUGGCUGCCUCAUUCCCACCCUGUUCUCAGGGAUCUGGCUAUGGAUGCUGAGUGUUUGGAGUGCAUGCCCUGUGUGCAGCCUGAGCUCCCCGCUGCAGAGGAGGAAAGCAGCGGGGAGGGAGAUGAUGACAUUAUUGGCACUGAAGAGGGAAGACAGCAGCAGGAUGUGCCAAGCUCCGAGCUUUCAGAAGCCCCACAGCUGGGGGGCCACCAGGAAGGUAUGUACUCCAGGCAUCCUGCAUCCUUUCCCCCUCUCUCUGUAGGUGCUGCUGCUGAGAGCAUUGAUGGGCAACCCAGGCCCACAGGCGGCACCUGGACCACCACUCACAGCACGGUCACCUAGUUGCAUCGCUGAAGCUGCAUACCUUAAUAACAGGUCUGGUCUUAUAUAUAAGAUGUGACAGGCUGGCAUGGCUCUAGCUGGUAGCACAACAGGUCAACCAUGUGUGUGGUAUGGCCAGCUAGUAGGGUAAAGGCAAUAUGCAGUCAUAGACUACAACUCUCACAAUGCUCAGCCAGCCAUAUGAUCUCAAUUUCCCUAUAGCUCUAUUGGCAAUGACAUUAUUAUUACAAGUGGUAAUGUCUACCUAUUAAUGUAUGAAUUAUUCUGUCUAGCUAUUAUCCACCUACCUGUCUGUCUAUGCAUCUUUUAUCUGCCCUUAUCUAUCUACCUUAUUUAUCUACACAUUUCUGCCCCAUCGUCUCUUUAUUUAUUUAUAUAUAAAGUCUGCCAUUAUCUAUUCCGUAAUUUAUAUUUCUAUCAGUUGUUUUUAUCUAACCAUCCAUCUGUCAUAUUAUUGCUUCUUGUAUUGUCAAAAUAUUUUAGAUUUUGAAAAGCCUGCAUCCAUUAAGUCUUUAACUAAAACCAGAUCAUUUUUCAUUUUACUACCAAUCUCUUUCAUUCUUUUAUUGUACUUGGAGAUUCAGAAGAGUAAUUCACACAUGCAAAAUAUGGAUCCAUUUUAUUAUACCCCCUAAGGCUACCCUGGGGUUAAGCUAAACAUUAGCUAGCCAUCAUAUUCCACAUACUUUUCCUGGCAGGUUUCGUCACUGUGCUGUCUAUCACUCUCAUGUUACCCCAAAGUAAAGUCUAAAUUCAGUCUAAGCAACAAGCUAGCACAGACACCAAGACAUGGUAAAUAAGCUCAGGGGUGUAAUCAGUAACUAGUGAAUUGUGGGGAGUUGGUAACUGCAUUCCAAAACGGAGGCCAAAGUUACAAUUACAGGGAAAAAAAAUCUAAAGUUACAGCUUAGUAGAUCAGUUACAAUACAUUUGUUCUUAAUUAUUAUAACAUAGAUUGUAAGCUAUUUUGAGCAUGUCCUUCCUCACACCACUUUCUCCAAUUGUAAAGCGCUGUGCAAUAUGUUGGCCCUAUAUAAAUACUACUAAUUAAUAUUUUCCCAUUAGGAUUAGUAAGCAGGAAAAGUCUACUAGUCCAACCAAAUGUAUAAAAAUAAAUAAAAUUGAAAUUAUUCAUGAAAAAUCCAUAUGUGCAUAUAUACACACACAAUUGGGUUGGUUGCACCAGCCAAUAUUGCUGGUAGCAUGUAACUUAUCUGUAAAAUAUUUAUCAAUGCAAUUAGUAUUUUUCAUUACAUGAGAGAAUUAAUUUCACCGAAAAGCAUACCUGUCUGGUGAAAGAACUAUCAGAGUCCAUGGAGGUGCAUUACUGGCUAACUUGUAUAAGGGAAUUAAAUCCCAUCAGUGUUGGGGCCCCUUCGAUAGUCAGGAUCCAAAAGAUGAUAAAUAGCAAAGCAACCACUGGUAAGAAGAAGGAAAACCGUGUCACCCCUAAAAAGAAAAUCUUCUGCCCGAGUAUGUAAAGCAAGCAUCACAUUCGUCCUCACAGCACACAUGUCAAGGAAUGGGACAAUGGAUGGGUGUAACAGAUUUGUUGAAAGAUGAAGUUGUAAAUGUGCGUUUCUUCCAUCAAUAUAAGUAUUUGUUACAAACCAAAGUAUUUAAUAAAAGAAGCCAUUCUUUAAAAAACACCAACAUUGCAGGUUUUAACAAUAGCCUAAAGUAGACAGAAGUGUGUGAUGCCUAAAUCCUGAAUAGUUUGUGAUCUGUUUGUUUUCAGAGUCUUAAUUAUUAUUAUUGCCAUUUAUAUAGCGCCAACAGAUUCCGUAGCGAUUUACAAUAUUAUAAGAGGGGGGGAUUUAACUAUAAAUAGGUCAAUUACAAGAAAAUGUACAGGAAUGAUAGGUUGAAGAGGACCCUGCUCAAACGAGCUUACAGUCUAUAGGAGGUGGGGUGUAAAACACAAUAGGACAGGAAAUAGCAAUCAAAUAAGGUGGGAGUGAAGCAGAGCUGGAGGAGAGAGUGAAGUGCUGCCCUUUAGGAGAGAGCAAGAGGCAGGUAUGUGAGGUAGAGGUUACUCUGGGAGGACAUAAGUUUUCCUAAAGAGAUGGCCAUAAAGCGUGAGUUGGCCGUACGCGUGCGAGCAGCGGACAGGAGAAGGUUACAGGCAGAGCAGAGACAGAGAAGGGGCAUACCUAUGGAUCUGUGAUAAGACAAAAGAGGCACUAGAAUUGGUCAAUGCUUGAAAGGUAUGGGUUAGCACUUUGAAUUCACUCCUAUAGGAUACAGGAAGCCAAUGUAAGGACUGACAAAGGGGUGAGGUGUGAUUGGACCGACUAGAGCGGAAAAUCAGUCUGGCGGCAGCAUUCAUUACAGACUAUAGCGGGGCUAACCGGUUUUUAGGAAGACCAAUUAGGAGAGGGUUACAAUAAUCCAUGCAGGAAAUUACUAGAGCAUGGACAAGCUCUUUGGUAGCAUCUUGUAUAAGAAAGGGGCAGAUGCGGGCUAUGUUUUUAAGAUGGAAUCUACAGGACUUGGUAACAUGCUGGAUGUGAGGCUCAAAGGUGAGGCCAGAAUCAAGUAUGACACCAAGAUAGCGCACUUGCAAGGAUGGACUGAUGUGGAUACCACUAACUUGAAGGGAGAGUUAAAGAGGAUGAUUAGUAUUAGGAGGAGGAAAGACAAGGAGCUCAGUUUUAGAGAGAUUUAGUUUCAGAAACAUACAGUUGUAAUCAAAAUUAUUCCACCACCAUGGAUCAGGUUCAUUUGGAAAAUCAGGUUUAUUGUCAAUGUUUACAGACUUAGCGGUUUGCAAUGAACAAAUACAACAAAAGCAAUUGAAAUUGCUCAAACAACAAAUGCUUCAAGAGGUUUUCCCAAAUUCAACUGAAAAUGCAACUUAUACUCCAGUCUCAAACGUAUUCAUGGCAAGCAUCUUUAGUACUUAGUAGAGCACCUGUUUGCUGUUAUGACCUGCUGCAAUUAAGAUACAUAGCCAGAUGCCAACUUCUGGCAGUGUUCCUGAGGAAUCUUUGCUCACUGGUCAUGAGUCAUGGCCUCCAGUUCAGAAAUAUUCUGGGGUUUGUGUGCUGCAACCGCCUUCUUCAAAUCCCAACACAGAUUUUCUAUGGGUUUCUUGUUCUUUUCAGUCAGUAGUGGUGUACGUCUUGGAGUUCUGGCAUUGGAACCUUCUGUGUUUAGAACAUGCGUUACUGUGCUCACUGAAAACUCCUAUUUCCACCAAGUCUUGCUGCAGGUCUUUUGCAGUUACUCAAGGGUUUUUCACAACCUGCCUUCUCAAAAUAAUUGUUUCGCAGCCAUUAAUAGCUUCCUUUUUCUGCCCCAUCUAGGUAGUGUAACCACUGUUCCUUUAACUUUGAACUUGCAAACCAUGCUGUGACGGUAGUAGAAAAUAUCCUCGUCAAGCAUUCCCUUCUUCCCAUAAAAGAAAAGCACUCAAUAUUCCAUAAGCAGAAAUAUCCCUGGAAUCGCCGAAUAAUCCACACAUGAGCCAAAGCUUAAUGCUGGAACAAGACUGAUUUACUGGCACACAGAACUCACAAUUUAUGCAACACAAAACUCCUCCUCUGGGCCAGGCUAGAUAAUUGAGUUUCUACAAUACACAAAGCUCAAUUAUCUGCUGGCCAGAAAUAAUACAGUUUCAUAAAACACACAGGGACCCCAAAACAUGCAAUAACCCCAUAAAAAGUAUAUCCUUGGAACCGGGGGAUCUGGUUGAACCACAUAUCCAAAAUUCACCCAGAUCCGUUCAGUACUUUGGAAAAUACAGAUUCUGCAGAACAUGUACAGGCUAAAUGAAAAACAAUCACUGUAUAAUGUGUCCCCUGCUGUAUAGUCCAAAACCACUGCAUGAUGUCUCUGUGCACCAAAUACUGGCGAGAUGGCACCGUGUUGAAAAGUCCAAACAGUGUCUGUAAGUUAAAAUGGCCGCCAUCCAUUGUUCUCACCAUGUGCUUCUGAUACAGGAAAUGGUGGCCACCCAGUAGCAAUUAAGUUGCGGUUUUCUCUGUGUUCUAAUUGCUACUUGCUACCCAGGGUAUGUGGUCCCCGUUCGGUAUACGAAUACAUUCAUUCUCAACAUUUGGAACCGAACAAUAUAGACAAUAGCAGGGAGAGAAUUAAACUGAAGCAUAUAGGCAAUUGCAUAAAAGUCCUUCACACAUGCUUCCAGUGGUGUCUCUAGUAACAUUCAGUGCCCAAGCUAUUUUUUUGUAUCUUGUUCCCUGUUUGGAAAGAUGAUCUAAUUUCUUAACUUUGUGGACCAUUCUUUUGACUUAUUUCUAACAUGCAGUCAAAAGUGACACUUAAAAAAAUACCUAGUCAGUUCAGUUAUUUCAAGUGUUCCAGCCCUUGAUUAGUUGCAUCAGGUGUGCUUGAGGCAACACCUGUUUUGCAUAUUUUGUGCGGUUGAAUCAUUUUGAGACUGGAGAAGUCAUUAUAAGUUGCAUUUUCAGUUGAAUUUGAGGAAACCAGUUGAAGCAUUAGUUGUUGAGCU